GUACGGACCUUGGCCAGGACAGAUGAGGCGAGGGGCCUGCUGUGGCUGAUGGAGGAAGAAGCUCUGCAGCCCGGAGGCUCAGAGGAAACCCUGCUGGAGAGACUCUUCAGUUAUUACAGCCCUGUGGACGGAGAGAGCAAAGGCCCUGCCCUGCUGCUGAAGAGUGAGAAGGCACAUCACUUUCUGUUGGGUCACAGCCAUGGGACUGACUGGGUGGAGUAUGAUGCUCGGGGCUGGUUGAGCCAUGCCAAACAGAAUCCUGCCUCUCAGAAUGCGGCCAUAUUACUGCAGGACUCUCAGAA